AUGAAGGAGGUGAAGAGCGAGCGGGAUCGGGGGAGCCGACGAAGGCACCGGGACGGGGACAUGGUGGCGGCGGCGGCGGCGGUGGUGGUGAAGCAGGAGCGCCUCAGCCCGGAAUCCGCGCCUCCCGUGCACCGCCGCCCGGACUCCUCCGGCGGUAGCCCGUCCCCACCGGCCGGCGAGUCGGGCCGCCCGAGUCACCGCGGGAACCGAGCCCGAGGAGGUAGCCGGUCUCCAGCCAGAAAGAAAAACAAGUCCUCAGGGAGAAGAAGCAAGUCUCCCCGGAGUAAGAGAAGCCGAAGUCCCCACCACUCAACGGUCAAAGUAAAGCAGGAACGUGAGGAUCAUCCCCGGAGAGGCCGGGAGGAUCGGCUGCACCGAGAACCCUCAGGACAGGAACACAGGCGAGCUAGGAACAGUAACCGAGACAGACACCGUGGCCACUCCCACCAGAGGAGAAGCUCGGAAGAGAGGCCCGGCAGCGGGCAGCCUCAGGGACGGGAUCGAGAUGCCCAAAACCUACAGGCGCAGGAAGCUGAGCGGGAGUUUCACAACGCCCGGCGCCGGGAGCACCGCCAGAAGAACGAAGCCGGCGGUAACGCAUCUCAGGACUCACUUCCUCAGCCUGGCCCUGGCAGCAACAACAAAGACAAAGAAGUGCCUGUUAAAGAAAAGCCAAGCUUUGAACUUUCUGGGGCACUUCUUGAGGACACCAACACCUUUCGGGGUGUAGUCAUUAAAUACAGCGAGCCCCCGGAAGCACGUAUCCCCAAAAAACGGUGGCGUCUCUACCCCUUUAAAAAUGAUGAGGUGCUUCCAGUGAUGUACAUCCACCGACAGAGCGCUUACCUCCUGGGCCGACACCGCCGCAUCGCAGACAUUCCCAUCGAUCACCCCUCCUGUUCAAAGCAGCACGCCGUCUUUCAGUACCGGCUUGUGGAAUAUACCCGUGCUGAUGGGACAGUUGGCCGCAGGGUGAAGCCCUACAUCAUUGACCUUGGCUCAGGCAAUGGAACGUUCCUGAACAACAAGCGAAUUGAGCCACAGAGAUACUACGAACUGAAGGAAAAGGAUGUCCUUAAAUUUGGGUUCAGCAGAAGAGACAGCAGAGAGUAUGUUCUGCUCCACGAGUCCUCGGACACGUCUGAAGUGGACAGGAAAGAAGAUGAGGAUGACGAGGAGGAGGAGGAGGUGUCUGACAGCUAG